GAUAUUAAAGAGCUGCGCAGGCGCACGCACCACAGACGCACGCCACACGUCACAAUGAUCCACCACGUUGCUUUCGUUUGCACUCUGAUCUUCGCCAGCCAGUGCAUGGCAAACCCAGUGGCGAGUCCCGAUCCUUUUGGACACACCCACAGAACUAACAUCCGUAUCCAUGUACCAUACGAAGUUCACACUUUGCACCAUCAUCAUAUUGAGAAAGUGCCAAUAAUCAAAGAAGUGCCAGUCAUUAAAGAAGUGCCAGUCUUGAAGGAAGUACCGAUAAUCAAGACCGUACCAAUUUAUAACACGGUACACGUACCAGUUGUAAACACGGUGGCAGUUGAGAAGCCGGUAUUCGUACCAGUUCACUACAAGGAACAUUUAUGGCAUUAGAAAUUAUAUUCACAUAUCGCAUUGAAUCAAAAAAACUGUUUUGUAUGAAAUUGUGAAUGAAAAAUAAGAUAAAAUUAAAUCACGGCUAAACUCACGUGUAAGUACUAUUUAAAUCUAAUUUUGACUAAAAAUACGUCUGUUAGAUGUGGAAAUUAAUAUCUAUUUUCUGGUUUGCCCAAAGUCGUUGCAUUAAUUUAGUAAUAACCAUUCCGCGGAGAUGCCUAAUAUUGAAAUUUGACUACAUAUACGCUACUAUACGUGAUUUUAAUCGAUAUUUAAUUAGUAUAUAAAAAUAUCAGUUUUAAGAAACAAGUUGUGUUUAUUCAAAGCGAUCUCUCGAUAUAAAAUCUUUAUAAGAUGGAGAUCAAAUAUGUAACAAAGUUGUUAUGUUUCUAAUUCCAUUUCAUACAUUUAAACAAAGUUUAGCGAUCUGUAUUAUACUACUUAAGUCUUUAGUGAAUUCUGUAAGAUCAAAAUGUAAUCGUAAGUCAACUCAGCGCAAUGUAAAAUAAAUCUUAACACGGUCUACUUAGGUCUAAAUUUACUCUGACUUAAUCAAACUAGUCCAUAUAAUUUUAUACGUAUAAAUAUUGUACACGAUUGUA